CAACACCUUGUACCGUCACCCUGCGAUCCAGUCAGCGUAUUGGCAGUGGGCUCACUUGAUUGCAGAUCUGAGAUACGUGUGCGUGCUGCAACAAGAGGUCAUUUGGAACGCGGGUGGUGGAGAAACACGCACAGCGCACGCUUGUUGGAAUCCGCGCCCAUAGCCUAUAUUCGCUCUUUCCUAUCCGUGACAGAGGCUGCAAAAAUGACGAUCAAGAAAAGUAAAACCGUCGUUUUUGAAAGACGUGCAGGGGAUUUAACUGCGUUGUAUUGUAUGAAUGAUUGGGUGAUUGCAGUGGUGUUGGCUAUUAUUGCCAUGAUGUCUGUAUGGGCUGCACUCAUCAUAUACAGAUAUAUACAGACAGAGAGAGGUAAAAGAAGAAGAAAGGUUGAUGACGACACUAUUUUGGAAACUGAAAAGGAUGAAAAUGAGACGACAAACGAAGAAAAAAUACUGUCCUGUGUCGAGUCAACAGAGGAGGGUGAAGAAGAGACGCUGGAGAGCUGGGAUGGGGAGGAAUGGAGGCGAGAGCCAAUGGAAUGGAUUCCAACAACCAGUGAGAAUGUAGAACCCUUUGACGGGAUCCCAACCACCAAUGAGGAUGUAGAACCCAUUGAGGGGAUCUCAGCAACAACCAAUGAGGAUAUAGAACCCGUUGAGGGGAUACCAACAACCAAUGAAGGUGUAGAACCCAUUGAGGGGAUCCCAACAACCAAUGAGGAUGUAGAACCCAUUGAGGGGAUCCCAACAACCAAUGAGGAUGUAGAACCCAUUGAGGGGAUCCCAACAACCAAUGAAGGUGUAGAACCCAUUGAAGGGAUCCCGACAAUAACCAUUGAUGAGGUAGAACCCAUUACAAGGAUCCGAACAAGAAUUAAUGAAGAUUUAGAACCCAUGAAACAGAUCCGAGCACGGACCAAUGAGGAUCUACAACCCAUUAGACGCAUCCGAACACUAACCAAUGAGGAUCUAGAACCAAUUAGACGGAACCGAACAGCAACCAAUGAGGAUCUACAACCCAUUAGACGCAUCCGAACACUAACCAAUGAGGAUCUAGAACCAAUUAGACGGAACCGAACAGCAACCAAUGAGGAUCUACAACCCAUUAGACGGAUCCGAACAACAACCAAUGAGAGCGAUGGUCCUUACACGUGGGAGUCGUAUGCUGAGUGGCAGAUCGUUGAGGAGUUUCACCUCGGCUCUCAACCUCAAGAGCACUGUGAAGGCACAUGUCAGCACUAUGACGGUUUAUGUCAAGUCUGUGGAGGCUUGUGUCAUUGCAGUGAAUGCUUAUGUCAGUUCUACGAAGGCUUAUGUCAGGACGACGCCGAGUCCCAGACUGACCGUACCGUGGGUCAAGAGGAGCAGGCUUCUACCAGUCCCUAUUCCCUCAGUGACAUAAACUAUCAAUCUGGACAUGAGAAGGAUACAGAUGUGUAUAACCAGGAUGAGGAGGAUUUGAAGGAAGUUGAACUGAGUGAUGAUUGUCAAUGUGAGAGCACAGAGGAGGAGUCUGAGGUAAACCAUUCACAUGCCUUUGCCAUCAAGCCUCAGAGAUAUCUGGAAGAGCUCAAUGAAAAUCUCCCUGACAUGAUAUUGACUGCCUCUGACCUUCAAGAACCUGACUGUGCGUGUUAUACAGAGAUACAGGAAGUACAAUACACAGAUGAUGACAUGACCAGCCAUGUUGUCUUUUACAACGAAGCGAGGCUGGAGAUGACAUUGACUGACACUGAACAUGUAUCGGAUAAAGAAAGAGAGGAAGUAGAAUAUCCGGAUGACGAUAGACACAGCCAUGUUGCUUUUGCCAAAGUCCAGGUAAGUGAAAAUCUACCUGAGAUGAAAUUGACUGAAACUGACCGGAUAGAACCGGAACAUGUGUAUGAGGUGGAGAGAGAGGAAGUAGAAGAUCCAGAUGAGGUAAUCACUGAAGGUCCAGAACAUCCCAGUGAAAACAUCCCAGAGAUAUUGAGUGACACUGACCUCCAACAACCUGGCAAUUUAUGUGAAGAAGAAACACAGGAAGUAGAAUGUACAAGUGAUUAUAUGGACAGCCAGGUUGCCUUUGUCAGCGACACUCAGGAACCAGAACAUCCCAAUGAAUAUCUACCUGACAUGAUAUUGACUGACACUAAGACUAAAGAACUUGACCAUGUGUGUGAUUCAGAGAUACAGGAAGUGGAAUACCCAGGUGCUGACAUGACCAGCCAUGUGCCGUCAGUCUCUGAUAGGACAGUAGAAGACGAUAUGAAAGAAGCUAUGGUAGAGGAUCUUGACAUGGAAGCUAUGGUAGAGGAUCUUUGCAGGAAGGACUGUCUACUUCAUGACUAUGUCAUUGACGGGUUGAGCCAGCCCACCGAUGUUAGAGACACACAUGUGGCUGAGAGGAAAGGAGACAUCGUUGAUGAUAACAGCAAGGACACGCGUGUAGAGGAGGAGAAGAAAAGACAGAGUGAUGAUACACGGAUAGAGGAGAGUUAUGAGAAAGUAGAAAUUAACAUAAUGGAAGCCACGAUGGACAAUAAUGAAUGGAUGACAGUCAGUGGCACAGAGGACAACAGUGACUCCCCAUGGGUGAGGAUAAGCCACUCGUCCAUCGAAUGCUCUUCUGCUGAGGUGGAGCAUCAUCCCACAGAAACAUAUCAGAAUUCAGAUGAUGCAACGGUGGCUGACGCAACCGCAUUCAAGGAGGUCGAAGAAACAGGAACUAAACCUGUAUCACCAGAUGGAGACCUGCGUAGGAAUAAGAAGAUGGCGGCUGUGCUUCCUAGCAAACCCAAGACUGUACGGGUGAGGUUCUGUGUCCACUACCGUACCCAGUCUCCCUGGCAGGAGCUGGCUGUGACAGGGAACCAGCAGGAGCUGGGGAGCUGGACGGGCUUCGUUCCACUGGAGAGAGCCCAGGACGGGUUCUGGGCCAGCUGGGUCGUCCUCCCCGCAGAGAAGCAGGUGGAAUGGAAGUUGGUGCUGGUGGAAGAUGGAGAGAUCCUACGCUGGGAGGAGGGUGGUAAUAGACACCUGGAGACAGGUCGGGGUGGUGGAGAGGUGUAUCUCAACAAGUGUUGGGGCAGCCUCUGAGUGACAGGUUCCUACUGGGCACCAACUGGUUGGAACGACACCGUUCUUCACAAAAAAUAUAUAUCAAUGUGAUGACAUUGAAUCGAUGUGGAAAAAUAAUUAGAUUUGCAAAAAAUGUAUAGUAAUUUUGAAUUUUUUUAAUAUUUUCAAUUGUUAACCGAAAUCCUAUAACAAACACAGUUUGCAUGUUUGGGGAUUUGAAAACUAGACGUUGAAAUGACACCUGUGCCCAGUGGGGCAGCCUCUCUGUGCCCAGUGGGGCAGCCUCUCUGUGCCCCAGUGAUAGGGAGGGAAUGGCACUAAAAUUCCCUUUUCCAUACUAGCAUACUACUUAGAAUGCAUAGCCAUUUUACAUUUUAACAUUUUACUGGCGCUAGGGGUCAUUAUAUAUGUAUGUGUGUGUGUGUGUGUGUGUGUGUGUGUGUGUGUAUAUGUGUAUAUAUACAGU